UCAUUUAAUCAUGUUUUUAAAAUAGAAAAUCAAAUAGUUUCUCUCAUCAAAAAGCUUGAAUUAACGUUUUUGAAAUGGUGCAUUGAAAUGUAAUGGAGCAGAGGAAUACCUAUACGUAACAAUGAAACCAACAACAAAACUGACUGUGCGUUUAGAUCGGGUAGAUAGAGUUACUGUGCAGAAUUAUACGCCAAAUUAAAGGUGCAAUGGUUAAAAGCUGAAUUAUACAUUAAGGAAGGAAGCAAGUGUUGACUGGAUGUAUGGUUGCAAGGGACAGUUUCUCACUAUAGGCUCGGUUAAGUUUCUUACAAAAUGGAAAUACCUCAUAUUUGAAGUGAUAUUACAAAUGUAAAAUAUGUGGCAUAACUUUAGGAUACAUUUCAAGUGUAGCUGAGUGAAAACAAUGAUAUGCAACAUGUUGGUGUCACCAUGAUGCCAAGUAUAUAGAUAUGUGCAAAUGCGAAACUAAGACAUGUGGUCAGCAGCUGAAGAAAUUCAGACUACAACCUACAGGGUCCAGGAAAAGAAGGGAUAUCUGAACCCACGGUCUGAUAGCCGUUGACAUCCCGGAAUCCAGCCGGAAUUCAGCCAUUUGAUGGUUAGAAGUGCAUUGAAUACGAACAAUUUAGAUCAAUUGCGGUACUGUCGGCUUAAACAGGAGUAAGAAUGACUAAUAUGCCGGUACAACAUAUACUCUCCGAUAACCAAACCCAGAACAGGUCAAAUGGACUUAUUGAAAGCUUCCAAGAGGACAUCACGGAGUUGAACCAAAGCAUGGCUUCAAUUCUUCUACCCGUGGUCGUUUAUGUGGCUAUCUUAAUGGUCCUUGGCAUCAUAGGCAAUUUUGUCGUCUGUUACAUUUACAUCUUCAGAUGGAAAAAGAAAACCAUAAAAUACUUUAUUGGAUCCUUGGCAACGUACGACUUUGUCACAAGCAUAGUGUGUAUGCCUAUAGAAAUAGCGAUGCUUCGAAAUCCUGUGACCCUAAAUGACCCAUAUCUUUGCAAGUUCCUACGGUUUAUUCGUUCUAUGACGUCAUUAGGAGCAGGAUUCAUGUUGGUAGUUAUCGCUGUAGACCGAUAUCUGCGGAUCUGCAAGUUAUCCAAACCUCAAAUUCAAGUCCCCUUAGCAAAGAGAUUGUGUGUAACUACUGGAGGAAUUGGAUUACUGUUUUCCUGGCCAUGUCUUAUAUUGUUCGGGCAGCUCAACAGAAGUAAAUCCCCGAUUGCAGAAAAAUCGUGUUCGGUCGACACAACAUUGAAUGACACACCCUAUCCAGUCGUCUAUCAUAAAGUAUUGUCCGUGCUCUUUUUCGUUAUUUCAUUGUGCCUUCUGAUGUUUUACUCCUUGAUAUUGACCAGACUGUGUAAAAUGCCAGUUCUCACAAAAGUGAAGGCAAUGAAUUCUAGGAAUGAGACAUGUACUACCUAUAACAUCUCCUCCUCGUCGUCGUCGUCGUCAGAAGGUUUUCCCGACAAUUCCACAAAACUCAACACAGAACAACCAGAUGAUUGUUCCAAUGACAAAGUGAUCCCUGUAUCUCCCAGCAAUGAAAUCUCACGUCCUAGACAAUCUUCCAUAUUUGAUGGAAAACUUUUCGGAAUUUCUCCUAAGAUGCAGACUUCUAUUCCAUUUGGAAUGAAAAGAACAAGUUCUGUAAUGUUUUUAAUCACUCUCAUUCAGUGGCUUAGUUUUCUGCCGUAUUUUGCACUUCUUUUCGUUACGUCAUUCAACAAGGAUUUUCUGCACACUUUAACAGAAACUUAUCAAGUAUUUUACAACAUUGGGAUAGUGACUCACUAUCUCAGUAGUGGAAUUAAUCCCUACAUGUAUGGGUUUUUUAGUAGAGAUUUUAGAAAGGAGUGUAAAAAGGCAAUUGUAUCAAUCAAGAAUUUACGACGGAUUUAAAUGUUUGUCCGUCCGUCUUUGUCCAACUCUUCAUUUCGUAUACCUUACGGGAGUUAUGAGAUUGUCGCUGUUCGUUAUUUGUAUCUUUCAUUCGUGAAAACUCUCUAAGCGUGAUGGUAAGACAAAAGUAAAGUUUCAAUGAAACUAAAUGACUCUUGAUGAUUAAAAUUCCUUGACAUUCUGUCUAUCAAUAAUAUUGACUUUCAUUCUUGCGUCAAUUCGAUAUAUCCCAGUGAUCUGGAAAUAUAAGAACACUACAAAAUCUCCCACUUCUGUUUCCAAUUUGGAUGAUUUACUAAACAUAGACGUUAUGUUUUGGUUUUGAGCACAUUUGAUAUCCCAGUCAAUGGGAUGAAUGAAUUUGAAUUACUUUAGGCCAAAACAAAAUUUAUCAAUAGUUUAUCAGGCCCUGCUGGAUCCGUUGAAAAAGUACUGCAUGGAAUAUUUUUCAAUUUAUACUUGUUUAUUGAUAUAAAAUGAGGUAACUAUUUUCUUAUAGAUAAUUAUUUAAACCAGAAGGUUUAAUGAAAUCAAAGGUAUUCUUUAUCAAAUAAUUAUUGAAUGCAUACUCAUUAUGUGCAGGUGUUUAAAGGUAACAGUGUAAAUUUAAAUAAAUAUAAUUAAUGAAUAACUUUUGUAGUGUUGACAUUAGCAGAAUAGACUAUAGCUAAUAUCAGUUAUUGUUCUAAACACAUCUGUGCUAGCCAAGGGUUUACGUAAGGGUUAAUGUACGAGUAUCGCUCCAUUCCUUAAAAGUAAUGGACCGAGGCCCCCAAGGGGCCGAGGUCCAUUGCUUUUAAGGAAUGGAGUCAUACGAGUACAUUGACCCACUUAAAAUCCACUCCUGUAAACAUUAAUAAAAACUAAACUUUGUGCAUUUUAAUCAUGUCUUACGUUUUUCAUUCCUUUGUUGCAUGCAUUUAUAUCUACUUGUAUAAAGGUUGACCUACUUUCCGAACACUCCAUUCCUGAAAAAUAAUGGAGUAUUCGAAAAUAAGAAUGACGUCAUAAGUGGAUUUUAAUAUCCGCUCCGCUUCCUUGUAGAUGUGAGAUAAGGUGUCUAGGAUGAGUGAUCACCCCCUCUUAACCAGUCACAUCCGCUGUGAUUAUACACUGCACGAAGAAAAAAUAUUUACAGACGAUUAAUCAAACAAUAAAUGAAAGAAAACAUUAUGAAGACACUAAGAAGUUGCUUAGCAUGUUUAAAGAUGAACAUUCAUAUAACAUAACCGGAUUAAAUGCCGAGGUGUAGCGCUUAGUCGUUCCUUGUUGACGUAUUAUAACAGUUAAACAUACCGAUGAAUUGUAUCACUUGUCAAAUGCUGUCUGACGUGUUUCAUACCGAUUGUUCAACCGUUCUUGGCACACUGAUUUUGACUGCGGAUAACUCCGUUUACCUUAUCAGGAUAUAGGGCUCACGGCGGGUGUGACCGGUCAACAGGGGUUGCUUAUUCCUCCUAGGCACCUGAUACCACCUCUGGUGUGUCCAGGGGUCCAUGUUUGCCCAACUAUUGAUUUUGUAUUGCUUAUAGGAGUUAUAAGAUUGAUAACUGUUCGUGAUCUUCACCUUGCAACCAUACAUAAUCUGAUCCAAACAAUUAUCGAGAAAUUGUUGUUACUAGUGCAAUUGGUAAAUUAUCUAAAAGUAUUCUGAAUGAAAGUUGAAGAUAACGAACAAUGAUCAAUCUCAUAAAUCUCAUAAGCAAAUACAAAAUAGAUAGUUGGACAAACGCGGAUCCAUGUAGACACCAGAUGUGGGAUCAGGUGCCUAAGAGGAGUAAGCAUCCCCUAUCGACCGGUCACAGCCGCCGUGAGCCCUAUAUAUUGAUCAUGUAAUUUUUAGUAGAAAGAUGACGUAAUGGUUGCAUCGUUGUCUUUCAAGAUUAUACUAGAAACUAGAAAUUCGUUCCUAUUAUAAAUAUACUGGAAAACUCUGGAAAAUUCUUAUUUAAAUAGCUCUGGUUAAACACUUCCUAUGCAUUUGAACUUUUAUUAUACUGGGAACUAGGAUUUUGGAAUUUACUAUUGUGUGUGUAUAUAUAUUGAUUUCGGCACGGAUUUUGAUAUUCAUUGUUCAAUUACCGUAAUUGUUUCUAUUAUAGUGUUGUUACAGUUUUCUAUCAAGUAUUAAUUGUAAAUAAAUCUUAUCAAUUGUU